AUGACAUCAACAAGUUUUAAACAAAAUAAAACUAUAAGCUUGGAAGAGUGGGAGAUAAAAACUCAAUUAUCAGAGGCACAAAGACAAAGUGUAUUAGAGUUACAAGAUGCUUGUGCAGAAUUACCAUUACCUGAAGGCCUUCUGACUGAUUUUGGCUCAGGUACACCACAACGUACAGCUUCACCCUCACUCCCACCUUACAAAGACAAUUUAAAACAAUCUUCAUAUCAACAUUUAGCUUCUUCGCCUUUGCCAAAAUCACGAUCGACCACUAAUCUGUUAGCUGCAGAGUUUCAAGCUACAGAAGCAGUAGCCUUUUUAAUACCAGAUUCUUCAUCACUUGGUAUUACACAACCAAUCGAGACCACGCAACAAUUUUUUGAUUGGUUUGCUAGAAUGGAAAAUGAUAUGGAAAGAGAUCAAGAAGAUGUUUACAGACAAGCAUGUGAUGAUUUUCUAAAACAAAUAGAUACAACCGCUAAAUUGUUCAAUGAUCUUGAAGGGAAUUUUAAAUUUGUUGAAGAACGUACAAGAGCACUGCAAACAGCUUGCGAAACACUUCUUGAAGAACAGAAUAAUUUAGCCAAAUUAGCAGAUUCAAUGUCAUCAAAAUUGUCUUAUUAUAAUGAAUUGGAAACAAUUACAAAAUUAUUUAAUUCACCAGGAGAAAGUAUUUGUGAACUAAAAGAAUUCUUGCCCACGUUAACAAAGUUAGAUGAAUGUUUAGAUUACAUGCAAAAUAAUGAUUCAGAACUUUACCUUAUCAGAUUUAGACAAUGUUUAACAAGAGGAAUUACAAUUAUUAAAAUGUAUUUUAUUAGUACAAUUAAAAGUAUAGGGUUGGAAAUUAGCAAAAAAAAUAAUCAGUUAUUAAAUUCUACAGUACAAACUGCAGUACUUUAUGUAAAAUUUAAAGCUAUCUCACCAAAAUUUAAAGAAUUAUUACAUGAAAUUGAAAAAAGAUGUUCUGAACAUCAAGAUUAUAUGUACGAUUUUCUCCGCCCAAAAAUUAUUCAUGAAGCAAGUAUUGAUACUUUAUCUGAACUAUGUACUAUAUUGCUAGUUCAUCUUAAUCAAGAUGUUGAAGAAGAUGAAGGUAAAGAAGGUCAAGGAUUACAGUUUAGUUACUUGAUUCGUAAUGUUCUUCAGGAUGCACAACAAAGGCUUGUAUUUCGAGCUCAAACAUAUAUUCGAAGUGAAAUACAAAAUUAUAUUGCGAAACCUUCAGACCUAGAUUAUCCGAAUAAAUUAAAAGCUUUGAAUGAUAAACUAUUAUCAGCUGUGACUGCUGAAGAAUACCCAAAAGAACUUCUACAACGUUCUUUAUCAGCACCACCAAUGCUAGAGAAAAAUGAUGAUGAUAAAUCUAUCACCAAUGUUAGCAUCAACUCCACCACUACUAACAACACCAAUACUGAAUUUUCCAUAAAUCCUGCUGAUACAGGUGGAAUAUAUCAUGGAUGGUUUCCCACAUUACAACGUACAUUAUAUGUACUUUCAAAGCUUUAUCAAUGUGUUAAUACUAAAAUAUUUGAUGAUAUAGCACAAGAUGUUGUUCUAUUAUGUUUAAAAUCUCUAUUAUCAGCAAGUGAAACAAUUUCAAAACAUAGUAAACUUGAUGGACAAUUAUUUUUAAUAAAACAUUUAUUGAUUCUUAAAGAUCAAAUUGCGGUCUUUGGUACACAAUUUGUUCAUGAAGAAAAGGAUUUAGAUUUUUCUUCUAUAACUAAUGCAUUAAAUGAAAUAUUACAGAAUAAAUAUUCUAUUUUAAGUCCUAAUACUUUAUUUGGCUUGGCACAAAAAGGAAUUCCAAAAGAAGUAGAUAAAGAAUUAAAGAAAACAUGCGAGGAAUUUAUUUAUAAUUGUGCAAACUCUGCUAUUGAACCAUUAACUUCAUUCUUUAUGAAGGUAUCAACCUUUGGAAUAAGAAAUAAACUUAAACCAGUAAAUCAACAAACUUUAUUAAAAGAUCAAAAUUUUGCGAGUCCAAAAAAUAUUAUAGAAGUUUAUGAAACAUUUCAAAAUUCAGUUAAAAUGCGAAUUCAAUACAUUAUGACAAAAAUGUCUGAAUAUAUUGAAGACAAAGAUACUGAAGCGGUUUUGUUAAAACCAAUACAAUAUCAUAUCAUGCAUUCUAUGAUAUAUUACUGA